CAUUUUCAAGGUUUUUGAUUCAGUUAAUUCCGUUUAUAUAGGGAGGUAUCUCAGGAAUUUUCUAAUUUUAACCUCCCACAGUACUAACUAUAUAAAUAUAUAAUAUAUACAAUUGGCUACCAUAGAAACUAUCCCUUAAAGUAAAGUUGAAAUGUGAUUCGUCUUUUCUGCUUCAAAAAGAAAUGACAGACUCAAAAGAAAAAACACAAAUCAUUGUAAAACCAAUGCAUUUAUAGCUCUACUCAGAGUAGGUAAUUCUACAAAAAUAAUUGUAUAUAUAACUCUCGAGUUCAUGCUCAUCAUUUUAAUUCAAACGAUGUUACCCCAGACAUUUAGGUGAAGGUUAGUAUUUGGUAAGGAAUUGAUUAUUACACAAUUAUUUUACUGAUGAUCACUCGGGUGGUAUAGGCUUGUCUUUAACACCCGUAAUCUAAGACGAGCUCUCUGGGGCAGCAGAAGUAUAGUCACUUUAACUUUUAAGUAGGUAACCUGUUAAUCUUAAAUUGUAGACAAUUUGUAGUACACAUAUAUUAAUUAUUCAAUUAUUAUUAUAAUUUUCUAGAAACAAGAAGGUCAGCUGAUAAUAAAUCAUCAACUCAACGUUGUUUAUAAUUGUUAACACAUUAUUAAGAUGAGUUACAUAUUUCCGGUUUUAUCGAUGAAAUUACAUUGUUGUAAAAUGCGUAAUGGUUUUAACUUAAACAAUAAUUAUUUUAAUAUUGAAUACGGCAAUUAUAAUAAUUGUUUUUAUUUUGAGUUAACGAAAAAUAGUGUUAGGUGUUCGAAAUAAAUCGUAGGUUUAUUGCAAUUAAACAUAUCAAGUAUUUUAUCUAACUUUUUUUUAUAAUUGACGCAGUUUAAAAUAGGAAUAAAUUAAUUUAUUUAACGAGCGAUAAUUAUAUUGUGAUCUUUAUUUAUUAUUUGCAUAUUUGACCUAUCUAUUAAAAGAAAAUUGAUAGAGGUGGUAAAAAGUGGGGAUAUUUAGUGAACGACUAUUAUAUUACUAUAUACCUACGAUUAUGUUUAUUCUAUUUAAAAAAUAAAAAAUAAAUAUUACAAUAUUUAAACGAUGCGCUUCUAAUUAUAUUGCGAAUAAUACUCACAAGACAGUCACCAACUUCAGAAGCGGACAGUUAACGAACAUAGGCAUUGAUGACUUCCCUACGUCAACGAAUAAAGGAACAAUUGAAUUACUUACAUCGCAUCCGAAACUACAACUUUUAUAUGUCUCGCCGUCUCGGUGUGUGAACAAGCAGAUAAUGGUUUUGGUCGAUUCAUUUAGAGUUUCAACAUAAGUUACGAGCCGGGAAUGACAAGAUCUGAUAUCGUUCGAUUUGGCACAAAUAAUGCACGUUGGUGAUGGCGCUGUAUGGUAUUAUAUAUAUAUUGUAUAAUAAUAUGAUGGACAUGAAUGAGAAUAUGAGAUUGGCGUGACUCUACGGGCAAUGAAUAAGUGUCAAUAUAGCCGAUUGUGAUAAAGUAAUAAAUAACAAUAUAAAUAACGCGUUACAUUGUUAUGAUUAACAGUAAUUAGUGGAAAUUUAAAUAAUAGUUUUCUCUCUUGUUACCCGCGUGUCACACACACUAUUCACCGAUCUCCUAGCGCAAAUAUUAGAUAAUAAUUAUUACAAAAUCAUUCCGUUUGCCGUCGUAUUUGAUUUGAACGGUGUCUGAUCGCUGUCUACCAUUGUACACCUACGAUUGUUGUUUCACUACGUCGACUGUUUCUUCAGAAUGAUUUCGAUCGGGUUCCAGACGGUCGUCUACCUGAUGUAUACGGCCGUGUUCAUCGUGUCGCUGGUCGGUAACGGGCUAGUGUGUUAUGUCGUCAUGUCCUCAACGCAAAUGCAAUCGGUCACCAACAUGUUCAUCGUGAACAUGGCUGUCGGUGACCUGGUCAUGACUCUGUUCUGCGUUCCCUUCCCGUUCACCGCCUCGUUCCUACUGCAGUAUUGGCCGCUUGAAAACUACUUGUGCCAAAUCUUCACAUUCGGUAAAAUCGUCGCCGUGUUGGUGAGUGCAUAUACUUUGGUGGCCAUCAGUUUCAACAGGUAUAGAGCGAUUAUGUGGCCACUGAAACAAAGAACUAGAAAGCGCACGGCUAAAUACAUAAUAGCAUUUGUUUGGACAAUGUCUGUCAUUACAGCGUUUCCUUUUUUACGUGCUACUUCGUUAGAUCAGAGAUUCGACAUUUACUUUUGCUCUGACAAAUGGCCAAGUGAAUACUUCCGACGGCUCUCUAAUGCUGGAUUAUUUAUACUGCAAUGCUGUAUUCCAUUUUCCGUCUUGUUGUUUACUAAUGUUCACAUUGGAAUUGUUGUGUGGGGUAAAAUACCUCCCGGUGAGGCACAAAACUCCAGAGAUAUUAAGAUGGCCAAGUCAAUAAGAAAAAUGAUAAAAAUGAUGGCAACUGUGAUAAUAGCAUUCGUCGUUUGUUGGCUACCAUAUGAUAUCCUUUUGGUGUUGAGGGCAUAUGGGAUGUCGCUGCGUGCGUGGAGCAACCAGCCGUACGUGUGGUACGCGUUCCACUGGCUGGCCAUAUCGCACACGUGUUACAACCCGCUCAUCUACUUCUGCAUGAACACCCGGUUCCGGGCCGGUUUCGUGUCGGCGUUGCGCAGCGUGCCGGGACUCGGGUACGCGCCGGCCCGCCAGGACGGAGACGGCCUGCCAGGACCCGGUUGGCCGAGCGCCCCGUCCGAGGUUCUUGUUCGACAGUUCCGGCUGCGCGCCCCGUCCGAGGUUCUCGUUCGACAGUUCCGGCUACGCGCCCCGUCCGAGGUUCUCGUCUGACAGUUUCGGACGCGCGUCAGCCCCGAUUUCCAUAUCGGAUGUGAUACCAUAGUACCUGUACCUAUCUAUCAAUUAUGACGUCGCACGUUUUCCGAGUAUAUGCGAAAAACUACGUUUGGCGAUACAUAAGUAGGGUUUAGAUUUCAAGGCAAUAUUAUAAGUAAACAGUAAAAAAAGCACUGAAAAUGUGAAAAAAAUCAUUUGUGGAAAUUUAAAUGUGGAAAAACGGCUAAACGACAAUCGAAAAAUGUCAACUGACGAAUAAUCUUGAAUCUACGCGUUAAGAACAUAUUUUUUUUUUAAUCUAUAGACAGGUAGUAGGGAUUAGGGGUAAAUUAACUUAAAUCAAAAUAUACUCGAUAACAAAACUCAUGAAAAAUAAUGUUAAACAUAACACCGACAAUGAGUCGUAUUCACGAGCUCUAUCGAUUUGUACCAUCAAUACUUAUAUACAACUCUCAAAUCCAUCGAAAAUUAAACACAAUUAAAUUAAAAAAGAGAAAAUAGCAAAAAGGCAAAAUAUAUAUAUUCAUUAUCUUAGAAAUUAAAUGAAACGCAUUUUGAUACAAAUGUAUUAUAUAAAAAAAGCAAUUUGCCUUCAAAUCCGAACCCUAUACAAUACAUAUUUUAUAGCGAUGUGAGUUUCGUGUGGGUACAGUCCGUACCCGCUGCAACGCUAAAAAAAACAAAAUCCAUUUGUGUUGUACAUUUAGUUUUAUUUUUUUAUAUUAUUAUUAUGUAUUGUUAUGUAUUAUUAUGUAUAAUAUUAUAAUGAAUGGAACCGGAGCUGGGAAUAAUAAAGUGUAUAUACUUGAAAAGUAUUAAAAACUUAGGUACUCGAGCUCUGACACCUGUAGCUUUGCGGGAUCGUAAAUUUUAUUGACAUAACUAUUAUUAUUGGUUAAAUAACUAUACGUUGUGCUUUACAAUUAAAUUACUAUAGACGUCAUCUUCAACACUAUAUUGGUUUAUUAACAUGUACCUGGUUACACUUACGGGUAUCAUGCGAGUGCCCAUCGUGUCCCAUUUUCGGGGUUCUUUUUUGAGCGCUCUGCAGUGUUGACAAUUUGAAAUUAUAAUAAUAUACGAUUUCUUCCGCGAUAUUGUUCUUUAUUUUAGUUGUAAUACACAUUUUUAUAAUAUAGUUUAAUUUUAACGUAUUAUUAUGUAAUAUAAUGAAUGUAAUUGUUUGGUGGCUAGCUUUUAUUUCGCUGCCGCCAAUGUUAUAUCUCUGUUAUAUCUAUUAUAUGCGUCAAUAUAAUAAAACAGACUUCAGUGUUUGGCA